GGCUCCCCAGCUGGCGGCUGCCCUAGACUCCGAACCUCAUUCGGUGCUGAACUCCUGUCCCGGUGACAGCCACAGGUCACGGCCGCCAGCUAAGCCGAGCCGCAGCGCUUGGUAGCACCUUAGGCUGUCUCGGGAGCAAUCGCGCCGGGUCCAUGGAGAAGCCGCGGGGUGUAAGGUGCACCAAUGGGUUCCCCGAGCGGGAGCUGCCGCGGCCCGGGGCCAGCCGACCUGCCGAGAAGUCCCGGCCGCCCGAGGCCAAGGGCGCACAGCCAGCCGACGCCUGGAAGGCAGGGCGGCCCCGCAGCGAGGAGGAUAACGAGCUGAACCUCCCCAACCUGGCGGCCGCUUACUCGUCCAUCCUGCGCUCGCUGGGCGAGGACCCCCAGCGGCAGGGGCUGCUCAAGACGCCCUGGAGGGCGGCCACCGCCAUGCAGUUCUUCACCAAGGGAUACCAGGAGACCAUCUCAGAUGUCCUGAACGAUGCUAUAUUUGAUGAGGACCAUGACGAGAUGGUGAUUGUGAAGGACAUUGACAUGUUUUCCAUGUGUGAACAUCACCUUGUUCCAUUUGUGGGAAGGGUCCAUAUUGGUUAUCUUCCUAACAAGCAAGUCCUUGGUCUCAGCAAACUUGCCAGGAUUGUGGAAAUCUACAGCAGAAGACUACAAGUUCAAGAACGCCUUACCAAACAGAUUGCCGUGGCCAUCACAGAAGCCUUGCAGCCUGCUGGCGUCGGGGUAGUGAUUGAAGCAACACACAUGUGUAUGGUCAUGCGAGGUGUGCAGAAAAUGAACAGCAAGACUGUCACUAGCACCAUGCUAGGCGUGUUCCGGGAAGACCCAAAGACUCGGGAGGAGUUCCUCACACUCAUCAGGAGCUGAACUUCCGUGUGCGAGCACCGGUUUGCAGACCCCCGCUGAGGCCAGCGUUAUCUGUCUCGAUUGUACAUUCCAGUUUCAGUUGGUAUACUUGUCAACUUUAUUUCUCACCAUGAAUUGUAUUUAAUAAUUAUUUAUAGAGAUGUCAAAUAAAGGUGAUCAACUUAGGGGUGAGCUUCUGCUUCUUAGUGGCGGCGUCAAAGCGAACUGCCAGGAGUUUAGGUUUACACAGCGACUGCCACCAUUCAGAGUCCCCCGGGAUGCCGGGAAACUCAUGCGUUUGGUUGAGAUCGUAAUGGACUCAUUAGCAGAGGGCAUUGGACAUUCAAGGAGCUGUGGCCACUAGGCAGUUUCCCGCCUCCAGUGGGUAUAGCAGAACGUUGAAAUGCUAGAAAUAGGUGUACAGAGAGCCUUGCCCUCUCAUUCAGAGACCACAGACUUUAUUCUGUUUUGAUCGCAUAUGAGAAACUACCAGGGACAUUUUCUUCUUGAUAUAUUUAUUAACUGUCCAGCUAUGACACUCAUCUCUGAGGGAAGGUGGUGGGAUAUCUGUCUUUAAUUUUGCCGUGAGUUAAAAAGACACUUUUUUUUUUUUUUAACUUUCUAUAUUUUAGAAUUUGAAUAGCGGGAAUUCUUCCCUAUAGUAGUUUCCUUAGGUUUCUUCUCAUGUCGGCAUACAUGGAUUUAGAGGGUUGAAUCUUGUGCCUUGGUGAGAAUGUUGCACCAUUUGGAGUGCAUGGCACUUUGUCUAUCUUUUCGGACAGCCAUUAUUACUUCUUAAGUUUGUAAGUACCCACUCUGCACAUUUCCUGUUAGAAGUUCCUGGGCGUUUACUUUGUCUAUUCCAAGAUACUUCAAAGCAUUUCAGAAACUCGUAUGAAGUAUUUUUGUAAUUAUUUCCGGGAUCUUUUAGAACUGCCUCUCGGUCAGCUCUGCAGACCCCCAGCUCCUUUGAACUACAAGGAGCGUGGGAUGGUGAGGGAGGCCGGGGAGCUGUGCCCCACUCUUAUGGCCACACCAUGCUGUAGCUGUUGGUGUCUGAGAAGAUACACUGGGGACUUCAGCCUAGUUCCCUUCUUGUUGGUGUGUGUCUUGUCUUCAGUACAAGUGUGUCCAGAACUAUCCUGGAAGUGUGACUUAUUAUCAUUUACUUUAAAUGUCCUCCACCGGGGCAGCGAGGGCCAAGUUAAAUCACAGCAUUCUUGCUCCCCCUGCACAAACAGGGUCAUAGCUGUUCCAAAGAAGAGCUCUCCCUCUGGCUGACAUAGUGCACUUGAAAUGUAUUCCUGUGGUCCUUUCUGCCACUUAGACUCACCAACUUAUGAUGAAGCAAGAGCGGGUCUUAAUUUUAUUAUUUUUUUAGCCUCUACCCUUUCCUAGUACUUUCUAUAUUUAGAGUUUCCAAAGUAGAGCCAGGUUGAUUUUGCAUUUCCUUUGAAAUCUAACCUGAUAGCAGUGUUAGCCCGAGCCCAAUUUGCUAUUUAGACAUUUCUAGUAGAAUGCCAAGUACUUAACCCACGUUUGGUGUUUUAAAGUGAAACAAAAUCAGACCAGUGUGACUUGAUUUAGAGGACCAAAGAAAUUGUUAGAUAUGCCUUCAUCUUUUUUGGGGUGGACAUUUGGGGUGGGUCAUUCUCUAGAAUGACAAAUGCCUGGCUGCGUUCUCAUCAGUGUGUGUGUAUGUGUAGGGUCGUCUGUCUCAGUCUGGUCUGUAACACUUCAAAGCUACCCGUUCACAUCCACGACGACGCUGAGCCCAUCUGGGGAGUUUUUAAGAAUUUGAUGUAUUUAAAUAUACUGUUUAAUUACACUGUUUGGAUUCACUGUAUGUGUCUGUGUGUUAUUGAAGUUGGUUCUAUUUAAAUGAUUAAAGUAUUUUAAUUUUGA